AUGAGCACGAACCCUCUGACGGUCCCUCUGAACUUCUCUCCGCUUCUCGAUACAAAACCUACGGAUGGAGAACCCGAUUGUUUGGACUGGAGCUGCUCCCUUGCUGUGCCAUCGUGUCUAGAAUCAUGGGGACGUCCAUCACCUCCUUCCGAAGGCUCGAACCGUUCGUUCGGUCUGGCACUUGGCUGUGAAGACGGGACAUUCUAUAUCUUCCAUCCAUCUGUCCCGCCGCCGCAAGUGUCGCGGAGGCGAAGUUCCAUCGAAUCUUCCUCAAGCCGCCCUCCUCGGGUCUCAAAUAGUUCGCGACCCACAAGUCCGCUUCGCUAUGGCGGGCUCGGCCUCUCGACCUCGCGAUCAGGGUCUCCGUCAUCUACAAGGUCGGCUCUAUCACCGUUCCAGGUCCCCCGGACUCGCGCAGUGUCGUCCGUGACGACCGAACAGGCGGAGGCACCGAAGAACUAUGUCGACUUCGACGAGGAGACGGAGAGGAUGAAGGACAUGCUGAAGGGGAAAGGCGUCAAGGAGAGGACAACAAGCGAUAUGCUUUCUCCGAACACGGACAGAGGGAGCAACGUGGAGAAGGGCAGCAAUACGCGGAGUCCUAGACUACGAGCACUGUCGCCAGCACCGUCCACCAAGUCGACUUCAGGUCUUCCUCCACCGUCCCCUUCAAUCACUCCGAUCUCCCCUUCCGAGUCGCCCGUGGCCUCAAGCACCCUCUCCUUGACGUGUCAUGUGUUCCCACAGAAGUACGGCUAUCUACAUGCAAUCAGGGCGUUGAAGCUUUAUGACUCGGGUCGAUACCUCAUAUGUCUCCAAGAAGCAGGCAACGUCUCCAUCCAUGCUACCUGUGACGGAUCCUGUGUCGUCACCGCCGCGGUAGACAGCGAGCACUCGCCACAAGACGGCACCAAAACUCGGAGACCCGCGCCUGCGCUGUGGGUCUGGAAAAGCCUUCAGCUAGGUGUACUCGGAGAGUCCAAUAUAAUUGUUGCAUGCGCGUCGAGCGACGAGGCGAGCGGGAUCAACCAGAUGUCAGAUGGGCUCGACGACGAACAUGAAGAGCAUACGCGGCUCAUAGCAUUUGCUAUCGAGCCUGGGCCGCAUAGCGACGGGCGCGAGAUGAAUUUGGUGAAGCUGGGAGACUGGUGCAUCGACGGGACGGCUGAAGGCGUGGGGCUACACCAGAGACCUGAUGGCUCCCUCGCUGUAUUCAAUGUCUCCUCAACCCGACAGUUGACUGUACGAUCCCUCAAGAUCGCGGAGAACGUUGCGGCGUCCGAGAGUGACAAGAAAGACACCGGUUCAAGGACUGCGCUACCCCUCCCGAAGACAUUCAAGGAUGCUCUGAAGAUCCUGUCCAAAGAGCGCGUAGAGGACACGGACAACCGCGACAACUCGCUCAUUCGCAUGGGGGACCCUGUCGAACUCGGCUUGGUGUCGCUGAAAGGGGCACUCCUCGGUAUGCGGUCCUUCUCUGAUGGGGACAAAGUCCGCGUCGGGUGCUGGUCGGAUUCUGAGUUGGUGGUAUUCGAUUGGCGCGAAGGAGUGUAUGCGCCUCUCUUUGUCCAAGCCUUCGAGGGCGUCAGGGAUAUCGAUUGGACGGCUGCGGAGUCUCUCACCAUCUUGUUCAUGGACCGCGCCGAGAUCCAUAACGUUGUGAAGGUGGAUGCGAACAAUGACAUCGUCACAGACAAAGGGGAAAGCUCAACCAAGCCAGUCUUGAGAUUCGAGCUCGUACGCACGAUGCCGCUGAUCAGCGAAUUCUCCGCCAUCACUUCGACAGGCGAUGUAUUCGCUACGGAAGUGAAGAAGGGAAAACGGAGGCUUGAGCAGGCGUGCCUCGACGGCGAGAGUUUCGGCGCAACCUCUCGUCAGGUGUGGAAAGCGAGGAGUGACACGGACGCUCUGUCGUCUGCGUUACGGAUAACGUGUACGCUUCCUGUCGAACCGGGUAUCAGUAUUCUGGGAUGCAGUGACGGUCGGCUACGGCGCUCGUCGUUCCUCGGGUUACCCCGCAAAGGGACCGGACGGUACACACAGCUCUCAAAAGUACCGCUCCAAGGCGAGAUCGUCAGCCUCCACCUCGUGGACAACGAGCGCACGAAGGAGAGAUUGGUGAUAGGAGGCACCGACGAUGGCUCAAUAGCCAUAUGGGAUCUACAGUCUCUGUCGUUGCGCGCUCGGUGGACCAUCUUCACCUCGCCGCUUGCCGAGGUCAUCCAUCUGAAGGGUGACGCCAUUGGCAGACUGAAGAGCUGUGCCCUGUGUAUCUCGCAAGACGGUACGAUCGCGGUCAUCGCCGUUGAUGGCUACCAGUUCGUUUUCCUGGUUCCGACCUCCUCUGCUCCUUUGAAGCAGAUACACAUCGGGGGCAACAACCUAAUACUUCUGUACUGCGACGGUCGCGCGAGACUAUGGGACUCGAAGACGCAGGAGUUCUGGAGGUCUAUGAACGCGGACAGGACUGAUGAGAUGCUGAGGCAGGGAGGGUGGACGAGCUGGCUGGUCGGCAAUGGGGCAUCGUUUGGCAGGGCCAUCAUCUCCCCGCCAUACGCCUCCGUAGGAGCCGACUCCGGAUGCACAAUCCUGCUUGAUGUCGAAGCUGCAAUCCGGCAGACUUCCCCUACCCUCGCUGAAGGAGGCUCCUCCGAGAAGGCUCCACACCUCAGCCUGGAUUUCACGAGAGCCUUCCUGUCUGCAUUGAUGACGUUUGGGCUGAACAAGGAGAUCGACAGCAUAUGUCGAGACAAGCUACAUAUCGAGCGAUCUAGUGCCUCUGUCGGCCUCUUCGCCGGCCAUGCACUGUCGUUGUACUCAGAGCAAGGCUCGGCCUGGUCGGUGUCUUCCGAGGUGUCUGCAUUCCGCGCUUUGGCAUUGGUUGCGGUGCUGCAGACGCUACUGCUUCACGAAGAGCUUGUGGCGGAUACAAACACGAUAAUGACCUUCUACGCUGCCUCAUUACCUGAAGCACUCGGAACGUCAUACAAGCCGCCUAGCCUGCGUGUCCUGGCGAGAUAUUGGUUGCAGUCUACCGUGAACGAGGUCAGGAGUGCUUCGAGACUCUUGCUGGACGCUGGCAUCGCUAGGAUGUCAGACUUGGAGACCGCCGAGACAAUCGAAUAUUGGCAGCCGUAUCUUCCUAGCGUACAAGAUGAAGGGACCAGAGAUCGUCUUCGUUGUGCGAUGGCCUUGCAUAUAUGUGGCUCGAUAGCAAUCGAGAAGUAUGCCCUUCUCUUCACGAGUGCCCUCACAGACAUCGCCAAGUCGAUCGAUGUCUACCUUCACGAUGAAGCCUCUCCCUACCGGGCACUCGCCAUCGAUCUCUGCUCACGCGGGUUCCAAGUCUGGCAGCAGCACACAGAUGCAGUCGAGAUGCUCCGCGCGCUGUUCCUCCUCGCAACAAGCGCGAAGAAGGAGGCGAUUUCGCUGCAUAACGUCGGGACCCAGGCGCGCUCGGCUGUGCUCAACAUCGCAUCAAGCAAUACGCCGUUGUUCAUGACUACGUUGACUAUCGACAUCCUGCAGCCACGCAGUGUGCAGCACCGCAAGUCGGUGAUGCAGCUUGUCAUUUUCAUCAUCCGCAAGAAACCACUCGUGCUGUAUAGCAACCUGCCUCGUCUAGUCGAAGCUGUGGUCAAGUCCUUGGAUCCCAACUCAACCGCAAACCGAGAUGCAGUCCUGGACUUUGCAGCAGAGAUCCUCGGCCAGUUUGUACGGACCUUCCCGACGGUGGAUUUCCACAUGGCCACUCAGCGGCUCGCAGUCGGGACGUCCGAAGGCGCAGUCGUGAUGUACGAUCUGAAGACUGCCACACGGCUCUACGUUCUAGAGGGACACAAGAAGCGCACGACAGCGUGCAGUUUCUCUCCUGACGGUAGACGUUUGGUGACAGUCUCGCUCGAAGAAUCGUCCGUACUCGUGUGGAAGGUCGGUGCGAGCUUCACGAGCUUCUUUAUGCCCGGGGCACCACCGCGCCAGGGGCACGCUGGCUCUGAGCCAUUCAAGAACCUGAGCUUCAACGUCGGAGAUGAAGGCGAGUCGCGAAUGUCGUUAACGGCUACCUUGGACAAUAUUCGUUUUGAGUGGGUCGGCGACCGUAGCGUGAAGCUGAAGAUACGCGAGAGUACCUUGACAUUCAGUACUUGA